AUGGCGGGCUCUUUGCGGACUCUGCGCAUGGUGCGCUUGGCGCGCAUGGCGGUCAGACUUGUGCGAGUCCUGCGAAUUGCCAAGUUUGCGCGCCACUCCGAGGUGCUCAGUGUGGUUGUGGAGAGCCUGGCGGAGUCCAUUACGGGCAUUUGGGUCCUUGUCGCCUUUGUGAGCAUGUGGGCCUUGAUUAGCGCCACGGUCGUGUACGCCGUCGAGUCGGAUCAGCCAAACACGGAUUUCGACUCGAUUCCUGCAGCCAUGUGGUGGUCCAUGUCGACCAUCUCCACUGUGGGCUACGGAGACAUGGUUCCCGAGACGGCGGCUGGGAAGGUUAUUGGCGGGGCGUCGAUGCUGGGUGGGAUACUGAUAACCUCCAUUGCGGUGGCGGUGAUCACCACCACCUUCACCGAGAACUACCAGCAGAAGUGCCACCGGAUGGAGGCGAAGAAGCUGAAUAGGUUUCGGCAGCUCGACGAGAGCGCCCCAGGUCCCAACGGCACCCCACCUCCAGACUCUGACGCGGCGAAGAAUGCCGACAAUCCCAUCAUUGCCUGGGAUGAGUUGGAGCAGGACGUCUUGCAGCACAUUGCCCGGUUAGAGGCGGAACUACUGGACAGACCACUUCGCCACAGGAACGACAACACUGGCAUGGCUGUGAACAUGCUGGAGGAUCAAGCCAGAAACUUCUUCAAGCAGGGGAGGAGCUUGACGCAGCAGAUUCUGAUGGCCAAAAUGAGCGAGCAGCUACUUGCUGAGGAAGCCGCCACUGAGAGCAAAGUUUCAGCCGUUUGA